AUGCCUGUGGACUUAUUAACCGUCCCGCAGCCCGUGGAUCCCACGCAGCAGAAGUGGUUUGAUGGAUAUAUGUAGGUUUCAUAGUGGCAUGUGUCAUGUCAUCACAAUUUUUGGGUGACUAAAAAAAAUUUUUUUUUUGAAAUUUCAAAAAAAAAUUAAAAAAGUUUCAAUUUUUUUUCAAAUUUUAAUCCGUUAAAAAACGGAUUAAAAUUUGUCCCAAAUCUACAUAAAGUACGUGAGAAUUAGGCUAUUACAUAACCGGAUAGUUAUGAGCCAUAUUAUCCCUUGAAAAUCGCAUUAAUCUGCAGGUUGUACCAGAUUAUGAGCGAUUACUGCGUCAAGAACAAAGAAUUGUCAGUCUAGUCCUGUACAUUGGGUGGUGGGAAACAAAUGUAUCUAUUUUAUACAAAAAAUAUUCUUCUCAAAAGUUGAGAAAUUUUCAUUUUUAUUUGUUGAAUUUUUCGUGACUAAUUGAAAAAAGAUUUGCACAGUGCAAAAAUGUAGGCUUUUUUUGAGCUUAGAAAUUGCACAGUGCAAAGUUGUAAGCUUUUUUCAAUUAGAAAAUUGCACUGUGCGAAAACGUAGGCUUUUUUGAACUAUCAAAUUGCACCGUGCAAGAUUCUAUGCUUUUUUGAACCGGAAACUUGCACAGUGCAAAAGAAUAGGCUUUUUUCAAUUAUCAAAUUGCACAGUGCAAAAGGAUAGGCUUUUUUCAAUUAUCAAAUUGCACAGUGCAAAAGUAUAGGCUUUUUUCAACUGGGAUAUCGCACUGUGCGAAAACAUAGGCUUUUUUGAACUAGAAAAUUGCACUGUGCGAAAACAUAGGCUUUUUUCAAUUAUCAAAUUCCACUGUGCAAAAAUGUAGGCUUGUUUCGACUAGGAAAUCGCACUGUGCGAAAACAUAGGCUUUUUUCAAUUAUCAAAUUGCACUGUGCGAAAACGUAGGCUUUUUUGAACUAGAAAAUUGCACUGUGCAAAACUAUUGGCUUUUUUCAACUAUCAAAUUGCACUGUGCAAAAAUUUGCUUACAAAUUUUCAUUUUCAGCUUUGGUAUUCAAACUCCAAAAAACUUUAUUUUCCCAUUCUGAGGCCCUCUAUUUACUCAUUCCACCCUGAUUUGUGUCGUACUUCCGGGGAGAGUUCAGUCAUUACUCGGGUUCCCAAAGCAUAAAUUAAAAAUUUACAAGGUCUCAAGGAAUUUUCCGACGCUUUGAGCCCUCAGGCAAUUAGAAAGUGUUCGCUAUUUUCUGGCUGUAAAUUUCGGUUGAAAACUGGGAUUUUUUGGGAGAAAAAUAUUUCUAAAAAUUUCGAAAUGAAACAUCGCUCCAUUGUGAUGUGGGUUCGUGUGUCAUCAUCGCUGUCGGAGUUGAACAAAAAAUUUUAAGUUGAUUUUAAUUUUUUUUGAUAUAAAGGAUAUUUUUUUUAUUUUUGAAAAAAAAGAAAAAAAAAUUUUUGAAAAAUUUCAAAAAAUUUUUUUUUCUUCCAGUAGGCUCUAUAGGACGCCAAUAGGACUGUAAAAACAUAAAAAAAUCAGUAUUAAUUUUCCACCAAUUUUAGGAAGGCCCUCCGCCAGAAAACGGACAUUUCCUUGGGCGUCGAGACCAAUCAUGAGCUCGCUCAGCGCAUGCGCCGGACCAGCAGUAUGCCCUCCGUAGUGGAUGCUAUGCACAGUAAGCCCAAAAUAUUCCAGAAAAAUCAAAACUUUUUUUUUUUUUUUUUUUUUUUUUUUAUUUUUCAAAAAUAUCAAAAAAAUUUCAGAAACCUCGAUGGACAGAGUUCGUCACUACAAUUACGACCUAAAAUUGUCGAAACUUCAAAAAAGAGCGCUCCGAUUCACAUGGCAUCGAUUGCAAACGAGGAAUGGCGGGAAAAGAGUGGAUAAUGUGUUUGAAGAUGUAAGUUUUGACAAAGAGAAAACAUAGGUAAAGUUGUCUAUUACGUGCUCAGUUUUUGAAAACCCAAAAAAUCCGGCAAAUAGAUUCAAUUUCCAUUAAAACUCGCUAAUUUUUUUCUGCACAGUGCAAUCAAUUUUCUAGGCUGUUUUUGGCUUUGCACGGUGCAAUCGAUUUUUUAGCCUAUUUUUGGCUUCGCACUGUGCAGAAAACUUUUUAGCCGUUUCUUGAGCUUGCACGGUGCAAUGAGGUUUCAAACCUAUUUUUGUCUUUGCACAGUGCAAUCGAUUUUCUAGGUUGUUUUUGGCUCUGCACAGUGCCAUCCAUUUUUUAGCCUAUUUUUGGCUUCGCACAGUGCAAUCGAUUUUCAAACGAAUUUUUGUCUUUGCACUGUGCGAGCUAAUAUUUAGUUUAUUUUUGCCUCCGCACGGUUUAACCGAUUUUCAAGCCUAUUUUGUGGCUUCGCACUGUGCAACAAACUUUUUAGCCGUUUUUUGAGUUCGCACUGUGCAAGCCAUUUUUUAGCUUACUUUUGCCUUCGCACUGUGCAACCAAUUUUCAAGCCUAUUUUUGGCUCCGCACUGUGCAAUCCAUUUUUUAGCCUAUUUUUCCCCUCGCACUGUGCAAUCAAACUCUCAAGCCGACUUUAUUUAAUUUCCACAAAAAACUUCCAUUUCAGGUCUAUGACCGUCUAAUGCGUCUGGUGCCGGUGAUGAAAGAGAUGUUCACAACUCGGGCUUUUCUCUCGGCCAUGUCCAAGCAUGAAGUGGCCACACCUCGAGAUCAUGCUCGCUUCACUGUAAAAAUGAUUGACUCUGUAAUUAAGAAUCUGGAUACGGAUGAGAAGAAGCGCACCGACACGUUGAGCGAGUUCGAUCCGGUGCUGAUUGGGCGGGCUCACGCCGUCCUACGGCCCUACGGCUUUGUGGCGAGCAUUUGGGAGAAGCUGGGAGAGACGAUCAUUGACGUGGUGCUAGUGCAGGACGCGGUGCGGGAUUUACCUGGAGCAGGCCAGGCGUGGGUCGUGUUGACGGCGUGUUUGGUGGAUCAGGUAAGGAUGAUAAAAGUACAACGGAUUCAAACGAAUUUUAUCGUAAAUUUAGAUUAAUUUUUUUCUAAGAUAUACACAUGCCAGAUUUCCGGGCCGCGCUGUGCAGAAACAACUCAGAUUCGUAGGCUGAAAGUUGGAAAAAAUUUAACAUUUUUUGCGAAUUUUGACAUGAGAAUUUUCACACACGCUUCUACCGUAGAGAGUAAUGCCUUCACAAAAAAACUCAGUUUUUCCCCGCCAGACUGGCAAAGAUACAGCCAAAAAGUGUUUUUCCUGUCAUCACCGUUGAAUAUACCGAAGUUUGUCUCCGAAAAGAAGUGACUACUAGUACGGCUAGCCGAGGCAAGAGAUUCGGUGAGCGCAUGAACCCAUUUUUCUGCGACGACCCCUUUUAUUUUCCCGACAGGCUGAUAAAAGAACUCCUAUUCAUUUAUACCACCUAUACACGGUUACUCAAAAAAAUGCGCCGUCAAAACAAAAUUUUACUGAAACAUGAUACAUAUGUAUGUACAUGACCAAAAUGAUGCGUCUAUCCUUUUUUUGAGUCAGUUCAACUUUCGGGUCCAACUCUUAAAAGCUUUUAUAGUCAUCAUAUAAAGGCAGUUUUCGAACCCUAAACGUCCUUGGUCCUUUUUUAAAACUGCAGUGCCAAUUUUUUUUGACACAAAGAAAUUGGCGUUUAAUUGUCGCAGCUUUCCGAAAACACUCUGGGAAGGAAUAUUUAUCAGUCUGUUGGGAAAAUAAUGAGCUCUGUCUCAGCGCCAAUCGUAUCGCUGAAGUGAAAAAAUUCGGUUUUUCCGCGAAACAAUUUAUUUCCACGCAUCAGAAUGCUCAUUAUUUUCCCGACAAAACUGAAAUUACGCUAGCAUCGCAAUUGAUGUCUGGUCUAAUCGCAAAAUAUUGUACCAAGAUGCUUUUUCAGAAAUAUAUCCAGGGAUGAAUUGAAUAUUCAUCUCCAUGUUCACGCAAAGGGGGCCCCUCAUGUAUACAUAGUUUAUGAUUUACCCUAGGAAUACAUAUGGAAGAGAUAUUCCAUGGGGGGGGGGGGGCGUAGACAUGAUAUCCGGUAAUACAAUACGACCCACUUUUCAACUGAAAAAUAGUAUGACCUAGUCCAAUACUAAUCCUUUCGGAAAGUCACCGGACAGAAAUCGAUGACACGCACUCUGCGAAAACGAAACUUUGCUUUGCACUGUACAAUUUUGGCUUUUUGCACCGUGCAAUAGGCUUUUUGGGGAUGUCGCUCGCACUCUGACUUUUUUCGCGCAGUGCAAAAUCCGUCCGGCGACUUUCCGGCAGGACUAUUACGAUUUUCAUAAACUGCACGGACAUUUGUCACAAACAUCCCUGAUUUUUUGCACUAUGUAAAGCGAAGCACUAUUAGCAUCACUUUUUUUGGUUCAAGUCGCAAAGCGCCGUCCAUUUAUCCGCAGAGCGUUGGCGACAAAAGUUCAAGACGCACUGUGCGAAAGCAAAGUCUAUGCACUUUAUGGAAAUUCGAAUUGCGCUAGUCGUGCCAUAAGUUCGUAGAAUUGCACAGUGCGUUUUUGCCCGUGCCGCUUCGACUUUCCGUUUUUUCACUCGCGGCAUGCAAUUUUCUGUGAGCGCACCUCGCGACGUCGCGCAAAGCGCCAUAGAUUUUGCCUUUGACAUUGCAAGCAUAAGAUCUUUAAACUUGAAUCUGCUCUCGAUAUCCUCAAACCCCUCUUCUUUCAGCUGCGUGCCGGCUUCGAGCAGAACCGCGAGCCCAAGAGCCGUGUGCCCGGCCGUUGUCCCAUGCACGAAAUGAACAAACACUCCCCGCAUCCCACGCACUCGCCCAACCUCCCGCAACGCUCCAAUUCGCCGAUCCUCGACUUGGAUCAGGCCACCGAGCAACUGCGACAGAAUUCGAUUAAUCGCGAGCGAUCCUCGCCGCCGCGGGAGAGCGGUUUUUUGCAUCAACAGAGCUUGCCCUACCCGUACAUGGAUGAGGAAGUGAGCGAUGAGAAUACGGACAGCGGGAACUUGGGUCUGAACCUGAACGAACAGGCGAUGCUGCGACAGCAACAGGAGGAGGAUAUCAGAGUGGCGGAAGCGUUGAUUAGCGCUAGAUACAUGGACAAAUCUUCGGAGGUAAGCGGGGAAAAUUAAGAAGUUUUUUGGCGUGGAUUGCGGCUUUCAAAUCUUAUAAUUUUUAUUUGCACGGUGCAAGCGGUUUUUGAGCUUAUUUUUUGGCUUGCACUGUGCAGUCGAUUUUUUAGCCUAUUUUCUGGCUUGCACUGUGCAAGCAGUUCUCGGCCAAUUUUUCGAUUCGCACUGUGCAUUCAAUUUUUAGCCUGUUUUUCAACUUGCACUGUGCAGUCGAUUUUUUAGCCUAAUUUUCGACUUGCACUGUGCAGUCAAUUUUCUAGCCUAUUUUACGACUUGCACUGUGUGGCCAAUUUUUUUAACUUACUUUUCAGCUUGCACUGUGCAGUCGAUUUUUUAGCCUAAUUUUAAACUUGCACUGUGCAGUCGACCUCCAAGCCCACUUUUUCGACGUGCAUUUCGCACACAAUUUUUUUUUGACAAGUUGAUAAAACCUAUAACGUCGCGAAGGGUUUGGAGAAGGGGGAGGUGGUCACCAAUCCAAUGUAAGAAGAGUAUAGGGUUUAUUGAGACGAAAUGAAGCACACACACACGACCGGAAUCCGGAGACAGAAUUAAAAGAUAUUGGGAUUGUCUGUUGUAUUUAUACUUCCUAGUUUAUUCAAAUUUCCUGGGAACUUGGGUGAGAACCCAACAGCCAAAAAAAGGUUUUUUUUUAUUUUUUGCUGUGAUCUAACAGUGUGCCACUAACCACCGAGCCGCUUCCAAGGCCAUUUCCAUUAAUCCAACUACAGCUUUCAGUGCCGUCCUAGGCAUCACCACUCCGUGGCCGCCCUCCACCACUCCAGCACGCCCUCCUCGCAGCCCAUGACGCCGCAUUCGAGCAGUCCCAUUCACGCGCCAAUCGCAACACUCGACAGGUCCGGCUCGUCCAGUCGCUGUACGAGUCCGGGCGUCCGGCUUCCGCACCGCCAGCGCUCGCCGUCGCAUCACCAACUCGAGGAGGCGGCCAUGCUGAAUCAGCGCGCCAUUUCCAGCGGCGCCAUCCCCACCAUCGACGACAGUCCAUCCAAGGCGAGGAGGUGCAGCCAGCCGCUGGAGAGUCGGUACCGUCACAGCAGCAAGUUUUAUUGA